GCAGAGGGAGACGAGAACCACACUCCAGAAAGUAGCUUAAUUGGACUCACUACUAAGAUGUUGAAAGUGAAGAGGCUGGAAGAAUUCAACACGUGUUACAACAGCAACGAGCUGGAGAAAAUGGCCUUUUUUCAGUGCAGGGAAGAGGUGGAGAAAGUGAAGCAUUUUCUGGAAGAAAAUUCUGGGGACCAGGAUUCAAGACCUGAACAUAAUGAGGCGAAGGAGGUGUGGUCAAACGCCGACCUGACGGAAAGGAUGCCUGUCAAAAGCAAAAGGACAUCAGCCCUUGCAGUUGACAUCCCGGCUCCUCCUGCCCCAUUUGAUCAUCGUAUUGUGACAGCCAAGCAAGGAGCGGUCAACAGCUUCUAUACUGUGAGCAAGACAGAAAUCCUAGGAGGAGGGCGUUUCGGCCAGGUUCACAAGUGUGAGGAGAUGGCCACAGGUCUGAAGCUGGCAGCCAAAAUCAUCAAGACCAGAGGCAUGAAGGACAAGGAGGAGGUGAAGAACGAGAUCAGCGUCAUGAACCAGCUGGACCACGCGAACCUCAUCCAGCUGUACGAUGCCUUUGAGUCUAAGGACGACAUUGUCCUGGUCAUGGAGUACGUGGACGGUGGGGAGCUGUUUGACCGCAUCAUCGAUGAGAACGACAAUCUGACGGAACUUGAUACCGUCCUGUUCAUGAAGCAGAUAUGUGAGGGCAUAAGGCACAUGCACCAGAUGUACAUUCUCCACUUGGACCUGAAGCCUGAGAAUAUCCUGUGUGUGAAUCGGGAUGCUAAGCAAAUAAAAAUUAUUGAUUUUGGAUUGGCCAGAAGAUACAAACCCAGAGAGAAGCUGAAGGUGAACUUUGGAACCCCAGAAUUUCUAGCCCCUGAAGUUGUUAAUUAUGACUUUGUUUCCUUUCCAACCGACAUGUGGAGUGUGGGGGUCAUCGCCUAUAUGCUACUUAGCGGUUUGUCCCCUUUCCUGGGUGACAAUGAUGCCGAGACGCUGAACAACAUCCUGGCCUGCAGGUGGGACUUAGAGGAUGAAGAAUUUCAGGACACCUCAGAGGAGGCCAAGGAGUUCAUCUCCAAGCUUCUGAUUAAGGAGAAGAGUUGGCGAAUAAGUGCAAGCGAAGCGCUCAAGCACCCCUGGUUGUCAGACCACAAGCUCCACUCCAGACUCAAUGCCCAGAAGAAGAAGAAUCGUGGCUCUGAUGCCCAGGACUUUGUGACCAAAUAGUCUACAGGAGGCACCCAUUUGAAAGGAAAACUGCUGCGGUUGCUGCUGCUACGAGAAAAUUUUUUGAAAAAUCAGCAGUUCUGAUGCCUUGACCCCUAUGAUGAUUGGCAGUCUUAGCAGGGGGAGCCCUCGACCCUGAAUUUGAACUUGAACUGGAGAGCCUCUGCCGCGUUCAGAGGACGCCCAGCGCUGCGGUCUGCUCUCAGGGCGCAGACACAUCCCUGCACCCGGUGGUAGUGACGUUGGGAAGAUAUUCCCUGCCACCUUGAGAUUUUUUACUUCUAGAAAAUUUUUUUUGCUCUUAGUCACUGGGGUAGGGGGCGCAUUGUGUCUGCUGUUUCUCAGAUGACUACAGCCAUGACACUUGAGAUGUACCGGAGAUUUCAAAACUGGAGGAUGCAUUUGGAGGGAGGAAGCUACUUCUAGCCAUUAGACUAUGCCUUUUGAAGGGGCAAUUAGAUGGCCAGAAAGAAUUCUAGCUCCCAUGCACCCUUGAAGACUUAGUUUCUCAGACUCUGCCAUUUUGAUUUGGUCUACGGUCACGUGACUACAAUGGAUAAAUAAUUUGCUUGCUGGAACAGAAGCCGUCUUUGAAUUCCCCAACAAGAGGCAUCAGCCACUGUGUCUUUCAUUUAUUCUUAAUUGUCCUCAAAGCGCAUUUUCUUCCAAGUAGCUGAUUCUGUUUUUCACAUCUAUACUCCCUGCACCCUUCUGACUGACAGUUCAUCCCCACAAAACACAUUGGUUUUGAGAGGUGAUGCAAAAAGUAUCUGUUUAUGGUUGGUUGAAAUUCUGACCUUUGGAAUAAUGUCAACAGUCACAAGAGGUUUCCUCAAGCCCCAGUUGUCAACGAAAAGAGACGGAUCUGCACCUCCUGGAGCAAG